GUGCUUUAGACAUUUCGUUUGAACGUGGUUUGCAUUCGCGUGAGAUGUUGACAUAAACAUAACAUAGUUGUCAAAAUAUUGUUCCUAAAUGUUUUCUAAUAAUAAUUUGUAAAUUGACGAGUCAACGAAUCACAGCUGGCUCUAUUUUUCCAUGUGAUUUAAAAAUUCCUGAAUUUUUUUUAAUUUGCCGCACACAAUAUAAAGAAAUAUAAAGUUGUAUGACAUGGAAUGUACAAAAUGAAAGCUUGCUAUUAAAUCAACAUAAAUAUUCAAUAAUGAAUAACAUUUCUGGACAAUUUCGUAAAACAAUAUGGGACCCAUUUCUUAUAAUAUCUCAAAUAAUUGCUAUUCAAACUGUGAUGUAUUUCUGCCUUGGAUUAUGGAUUUGGAUCGUUACGACUUGUAUAGGAUCGACAAAAUCACUAGAUUAUAUUUUUCACUAUAAGCAGAUACAUGUUAGAGAUUUUGCUGGGCAAUUUAUCAUAAUUAUUUUUACCUUAAACGCAUUAAUCGGAGCUAUAGCAUUGUGGUGGCUAGUACAAAGAACAAAACAGUGUAUGGACUUUGCUUGUACUGCGCACUUGAUACAUUUACUAUGUUGUUGGGUAUACAAUUCAAGCUUUCCCUCGUUUAGUUGGUGGUGCCUAAAUAUCGUAUCGUUAAGUAUCAUGUGCGUUUGUGGCGAAUUUCUUUGUAUGAAAACUGAAUUACAAGCAAUACCAUUAGGUAUAAACAGUCAAAGAACCGCAUUAUAAACAUACGAAAUCGAGAACGAUAAAUAAAUGAUCUUUUAUUCUA